ACUCACACACCAACGGCGAUUGGCUGCCAUGCAAGGCACUGACCAGCUCGUCAGGAGCAUUUAGGGGUUAGGUGUCUUGCUCAGGGACACUUCGACACAGCCCGGGCGGGGGAUCAAACCGGCAACCCUCCAACUGCCAGACGACUGCUCUUACUGCCUGAGCCAUGCCGCCCCAAUGUAUGUGUUUCAGACUGAAAUGCAUAUGAAGGGUGGGCAACGAUGAAUUCAACACUUGUCAUCAGGAACUAUAGCUCAUCAAGUCCUGCAAACGUGAGCCAGUGUGCCCCAGAUGUACAUCUGGAAAAGAUGCUUUUUCUGCCUUUAUACAUAGGCAUCAUGCUGCUAGGCAUUCCCUCCAACUGCUUCUCUCUGUACGUGUCAUGGCAGCACAUGAGGCAGAAGAAUGAGAUAGGGGUCUAUCUCUUUAACCUGGCCCUGGCUGACAUUUGCUUUAUCAUGGUGGGCCCCAUCUGCAUGGAUUACGUGCAAAGAGACCAGUGGAUCCACGGUCAGUUCCUGUGUAACUUCACCAUAUUUCUGAUAUACACCAACUAUUGCACAAGCUCAACGCUGUUGUGUUGCAUUUCUGUGGACCGCUACCUGGCUGUGGUCCAUCCGCUAAAGUACCCGGUCCUGAGAGAGUUGAAAACGGCUUUCUGUGUGACUGUGACAGUGUGGUUAGUCACCAUCGCAUUCAACGCCGCCACAAUAUCCACUCACGGGUAUUAUGAUGGUGGCAGGUGCUUCGACAUCUAUCCCAUGCCCGAGGGGCAAGCUACCGUCAGCACAAUUCGCUUUUUGGUCGGAUUUAUGUUUCCGGCUUUACUGAUCGCGUUUUGUUGUCAGGGGAUCUACAGAGCGGUCAAGACCAAUAAAGCCACAGAUAUUCGCGAGCGCAGAUGCGUUGCCAUGCUACUGGGCGCCGUGACCCUGACGCUGUGGCUCUGCUUCGGACCCAUCCACGUCGUGGUGUUGCUCCGCGCUCUACUGGAGAAAGACUGCCAGGAUGCCAGGCAGUUCUCAAUCCCUUUCAAAAUCAGCAUCGCCCUCUCCACACUCAACUGCCUGGCCGACCCCUUGCUGUAUUGCUUCGUCACCAGAACUGCCAAAUCAAAAAUCUCACGUGCCGUUUUCUUCAUCCAGACGAAGAGGAAGAAGAACAGCCUCGCAGAUGCACAGAUAGGGAUUCCAAUUCUAUCGAACUAAUUGCGGGAUAAUUAUGGCGAUUUUCCUAACAAAUGAUUUUUGCCAGACACCAUAUAGUCACUACCGGUUUAAUGACCAUGGUUAGACAAGCUGGUUGACAGUUAAUCACUAGCUCUUAUCAGUCAUGAUAAUGAUCGCGAGAAGUGCCACCGUUCUCUCGAAAAAUCGUUCCAAAUUCGUGCUUUUUUUUGGAGGCAGGGGACGUUUUGCUGCCAGGGGACAAGAAGCAAGUCUGAAUUUAUUGGGCCUAUUUAUAUUUUAGUUUAUUACAUUACAGACAUUUUUCAGACGUUAGAAUCUGGAGCGAUUUACUCAACUUUUGUGCAUUUUUAAAUAGACUAACAUCCAUUUAUACCGUUGAGCAUAUAGCUGAAUCAAUUCAGGUUAAGCGGCUUGCUCAAGGGAACAGCAGCCGUGUCUAACGUGAGUUGCACACCUGCUUUCUUAGCUACCAACUAGCUAGUUGUGAGUGAGCUUUAAUUUGUCCCACAGCCUUUUAGUUAACCAGAAUAUUCAACAUGUAUUCUAUAGUUGCAUAUAUGCUGCAUACAUCUACUUUACACUUAAAACACU